UGGUCCAACACUAGUAGUGAGUUCGUGAGCGUUUUUGCACCAAUUUUUUUUUCUCAAUUCAAUACGACUUCAUAAUUUUCAAAGAUUUGGAUAAAAUUUCAAUGCUGAAUGAAUAAUACAACAUUUUUAUAACAAUUUUAAAAGUGCUGACAUCAAACGAUGGUUGUUCUCUAUUCAGAAAAGAUUCAAAAGUAGCGCGGUGGCGGGUUGUGAGCACGGCGCGGGAGGCGCAGGGUCGGGUGGCGGCCGACCGGCGGCAGACACUAUUCGCCGCGUUAAGGUGAAGAUGUCAUCAGUGUCUGCGCAGGGCGUCGUGGAGCGCGCCUCCGCUGAACUAUCGCGUCGCAUCACGGGCCUAGGGCUGCGCGGUCGCAAGCGAUCCCCCGGUGUGGUGGAGCGCGUCGCCAACGCUCUAUGCGGUCCAGCGACAGCCGCAGCAGCCGCGCCGAGAGUACCGCGGCGCCGCCGACCCUCGCCCAGGCCACUAUCUUGGAAUCAAUUUGUGUUAGAAGAAAGAUUUUUAGAAAAGUUUUUUCUAUACUUCAAUGCCAAUGACAGAAGAUCACUAGCACAAGUGUGCACGAGAUGGCGUGAUAUACUGUACUCAUCGCCUCGCUGGUGGACAGGCCUCGUGGCAGUCCUCGACUGCCGGGAACUACGCUCAGCUACAGGGUGUUGUAUGCAGAGGUUCUACAAUUCUCUAGUCAGGAGGGGUAUUCGUGGAAUAGUAUUAGUUUCAGCUUCUGAUGACGAUAUAAAUGAAUUUAUUAGGCAAUUUCCUUUGUCAGCCCAUCAUAUUCAUGCUAUUGGUUUAAAAGGAUGUACAAUAACUGACAGGGGAUUGGAAGCUGUCCUUGAUCACCUUCAGGUUCUGUUUGAGCUAGAACUAACUGGAUGUAAUGAAAUAACCGAGGCUGGUCUGUGGGCAUGUCUAACUCCACGAAUUGUCUCACUCACGCUUACUGAUUGCAUUAACAUUGCUGAUGAAGCUGUCGGAGCAGUAGCUCAACUGCUGCCGUCGCUAUACGAGUUUUCUCUACAAGCCUAUCACGUGACUGACGCUGCUCUAGGCUACUUCUCGCCCAAGCAGAGUGCGUCACUCAGCGUUCUACGCCUGCACAGCUGUUGGGAGCUAACUAAUCAUGGCGUCGUUAAUAUUGUGCACUCUCUACCGAACCUGACGGUAUUGUCGCUGAGCGGGUGCAGCAAGGUGACGGACGAGGGCGUCGAACUGUUAGCUGAGAACCUCCCGCGCCUGCGCAGUCUCGACCUCAGCUGGUGCCCCCGCGUCACUGACAACGCACUCGAGUACAUCGCUUGUGAUCUCAAUCAUCUUGAAGAACUUACUUUGGAUAGGUGUGUACAUAUAACGGAUAUCGGCGUGGGCUACAUCAGUACGAUGCAGUCUCUCGUGGCACUGUUCCUGCGGUGGUGCUCACAGGUGCGAGACUUCGGAGUGCAGCACCUCUGUGGCAUGCGCUCGCUGCAACUGCUGUCUCUAGCUGGAUGUCCAUUACUGACGUCGGGUGGUUUGUCGAGCCUCAUACAACUGCGACAGCUCCGUGAGCUCGAGCUGACGAACUGCCCCGGCGCCUCGCCCGAACUCUUCGACUAUCUCCACGAACAUUUACCAAGAUGCCUAAUUAUCGAGUAAGGUACAAUAGUCCUUAUACUUAAACCGCAUUUUGUCUGACCCGCGAUACUAAGUACAUAUUCUAUGUAAUUUGAACUGUUCUUACUUAGCUACACAGUAACUAGUUGUUUGCACCACACAGUAAUGUGCAAUACUUUUAGACAUUUUUACUAAUUCAUUGUUUCCUUUCUAAAUUUUGUAAGCACCAUGUAAGUACUUGUUGUUGUUAAAAUAAGUACAUUGAAGAUUCCUAAAGUGUAGGUAAUGUGCGGAGUUUUGCAGACUUAUGAAAAAUAUGUGGUGUAUUUUUGUUAGUACAAUAUUAACCUAUUCGAUGAAUUGAUAUAUGGGCUAUGUGGUAACACCUACUCAUUUUGCCGUUGAUUGUUGUCGGAUGGUCGAUGCGGGCGUAGAAUGAGAAAUAGAUGAAAAUUCUUCACAUUUCUAGUCCUAGUUUCAAAAAACUAUUUAAAAAAUCCCACCAAUUUUAUUGACAUGUUCCAAAAAUUAUCAUUUUCGUAAUGAUGCUUGAAUAGUUUAAAUCGCUCCUAUAGGUAUAGUAUUAUUGCAUACUUCUCCAUGCACUGUUAAGUUGUGACCUUAACGUUUUUUAAUGCAUUCCCUUAUAGAUUUCGUGGCCUUUACGAUCUAUCUUAUUCCUAAACAAUUGCUCAAAUUGUGUGAUGUCUUGUCGAAUUAUCUAAGGAAACGUAUUUGAUGUCGCUAUUCAUAACAUUGUGACGUAUUUUCUCUUUGUCACCAAGUUGGGAUCAAAGAUCGUAAAACCAUUUUUGAUUUACUGAAGCUUUACCGAGAUUGAAGCCUCGUCUAUUUUUACAAACAAAGUGACGAGACUAAGGAUCUUAUUAUAAAUAUUACAGACUAUAACAAGUGUUUGAAACAGAAACAUUAGUGUUAGGAUUGGGAAGAGUGCUCCACAGAAAAUAUUACAUUAUUUGUAACAAGUAUUAUAAUUAAUAAAUCUGAAUUAUGUUCCCGGUUACCUUUUUAAUAGCUCUAUGUAGAAACACUACUAUGAUAUUAUAGUACCAAUCCAAUGAUUUAAAAUCCUUAAAAAUUUAAUAUGAAUAUUAUGAAAUUUUAAUAGUAUAGUAAGAAAAGGUGUUUAUUAGAUAAUUUGUGUGAUUUUAUGUAUAGUGUAAUGAUUUGAAAUCAAAUCUCAUGAUUUGGUGAUGUCCAUUAGUUAAAUAUAAUUGAUAGAUUGCUGAUAAGAAUAAAUAUUAAUUUUUUAUAUUAUUUUGACGGCAGUUAUCAGAUAUUUGAUAUUAAUUGUGUAAAUAAAUGAUCCCGGCAUUAGUUAUUUAACAUAUUGUAUUGAUAUUGUGUCCCAUUUUAUUUCUUGUAAAUACUGGUUAAGUCUGAUGAAUUUAAUUACUUCUUUUCUCUUCUGUGCAUUUUCAACAUGUUUUCAAAAAUAUAAUGCAAACUAUUUAUUCUGAUACCUCCAUCUAUCUCUAAUACUCUAGUCAUUCUUUUUUAUAUUUUAUUCCUUGCUACUUAUUUAUUAACGACACCUAGCCUAGUUGUAGAAUAAAGUUAUUUUCAUUAAAAGUGUGAUGUUUUAGGAGCAUAGUGUAUAGUACAGAAGUACCAUAAUAAACACAUACAAAUUUAAUAUUUAAACUUUACUGUUGUUGUAACUAUAUAUUAACAUUUAGGCUGUUGAUUGCAAAUAGCGUACCAUGGCAGUUCAAUAUAAUAUAACGACCGUAUGUUAUCUCGUUAAAAUCAGUAUGUUGCUCAGAUGACUUUAAUUUGAUUCAAUGACAUUGAAAUACAUACUUAAAUUACAUCAUUAUGUUUAGUAAUUAUUUGCAGAGUUGGUGACGAAAUGUAUCUACACUACUCAUAUACAAAUGUACAUAUUGUGAAUGUGGUAUUUUUUGUUUUUAUUUUGUAAUGGACAUAGACCGCAGCACCAGAUGUCUUUAAAAAUUGUAAACACAGUAACUUUAUUUUGGUUAACUACAAUAGCAAUUUUCUCAAGAUAAGUUCCACAAAUGUUAAGACUACAAAGUCAGAUUUUAUAAACGUAUACUAUUUUAAGCUGUACUUUUGUCAGUCAUUUAUAAUUCUAAUUUAUUUUAAUGAAAACCUCGAGACAGAAGUUGUAAUGUGCAGCGGUCUUUGUCCGUCAAUCAGAUACAUAGUGUGUUGUACCGAAUAAAUACAGCUAUUUUAAAACCGUCCGAACUAAUAUUAACGUUUAAUUAUACUAACGCAUUAACUGCAGAAGUUCUUUUAAUGUACCUAAAGUAAUAUUAAGUACAGUCAGCAUUAAAUUAUAAUAAUACACAAACUAGCUGGCUCUCGCGUAAGCUACUUGUUUGCGACCGUUUAAAACGGCAAAAUAUAUUCACAUAUUUCUGUAAGCUAGAAUAUUUUAUAUUUUGAAUAAAAGAGAGUUGAAUAUUUUUGCAUGUACUUAAUGCUGAUGGUACUAUACAUCUGGUACAAAGUGUAAAAGACAUUAGUGUUUAGUAGAUAAAUCCUACUAUGAAAACAUUUGAAUUUCAUUGAGCUUUUUGAACGUUGACUCAUUAAUAAUUGCUUAAAAAUUUUGCGUUUCAUCGUGAUAGGAAGAUAAGGUACCUAUGUAUGUAGGAAAAGCGGUUUGUAAGUAGAGUAGCGAAAAUUGUAGCAUAGAGAAGUACUAGUCGGAUAUUUGUAAUUGGAAACAUUCUCCAUUCAAAGACAGUAUUAAGUAGGUAACUGAUCUCCUGAAUGUACGCUUUAAUUUCUUAUGUUCUUAGGAAGAUAUUAAAGAUUAGGCUCAAGAAACGGUUGAAAUUAGUGCAGCUUCCGAGGACCUAUGAAAUACGUGAAAUCCAUACUUUCUUGGGACCUAAUUGGAUGACAGCUUUGUUUUGUGUAUUGUAAGUUAGUAAUUAAUAUUUUAAUUAAGUGUUGCGUAAUGAUUUAUGUCAAAGAAUAGGGGCAAUAUUUUAAAGCAAUUAAUAAAUAAGACAACGUCCAUAGUAAGAAUGGAAUGUUUCAUAUUAUAAGUAGGAGUACUAUUGUAAUGAUUUGAAGUUGCCUUCAUUCUUAGGAAUAUGUCACCUAUGGUGAUGUUGCUGAAUUUGUCAAUUUACAUGCAGUAAUAUAAAUAAAAUGAAAGCAAUAAAUACCUCGACGUGAUUACGUCGUCAUAUUAUACGGGUGUUUGGAAAAUAUAUUCUUUCGCAGAGUUUCAUAUGCCCAGCACGCAAUACGGACAACGUAAAGAAUACAACAUUACACUUGAGACAAAUGAAAAGGAUUGUAAUUAUUUACCAAACAUUCAGUAUUUUGCUAUGAAUAAAAGCGUACAUAGAUUAUGAAUGUACAUUAAAAUUAGAACUAAGGUAAUCUCUGUGUACAUACAUCUAAAGUAGAUGCAGGUUGUUAUGGUCCUUGGGUUUACUUGGGAACAAGUUGACACACUUCGCAAUAACUUCACAUAUGGCAUGUAUGAGGUCAGUGACAUUGCUGUACCAAGUGCAAUACGAGCUCUGUAGCGUACAGCCUACAAGCUGUUACAUGUACAAAUUGUGCCCCCUAGUAAAUUCAGGUUUAAUGUUCAAACAUCCCUUGUACCUUGAUUUUAAUAAUUUUAUAAACCAUUCAUUGUGUAAAUCUGUAUGUUGUAUAUAAAAUAAUUAUUAAAGAUGGGUAAUAAGUCUUAUUAUAUGAAAUGAAGUUUAAUGUUGUUGAAAGAUCUGACUUCUGCAUUAUAAAAGGUUGUAAUUAAAAUGAUAUGUAUAUUAUGUACAAGCAAUAGAUAAAGGUCUAUUUAACGUAACUCGUAAUGUUAAUGUUUGAAGAGGUGACUUGACUUCUAAUCUUAGCUACUUGGAACUAGUUUACACAAUAGUCUUACAAGGCGCAAUAAUAAUCACGUUGUGUGACUUAAAAACGAAUUAUUACUAGUUAACAUGGUUUAAAAUUUCAACAAAAAUAUUAGACUAUGAUAAAUUCGGAAUGUUAUACGCGCACAUGCAAUGCUUUGUGGUAAACAACAGACAGUCUUAUUUGUACUGUAACACAACUGGUCAACUUGGAUUCUACCAAUGUAUCUGUUUGUGUCGUAAUAAAAGGUCGGUGUGUUACAUAUUGUUCGUACCCUAUGUUCUCGUGUACCUAUUAGAUUGUGUUGUGAUAAUGCACCUGCUAGCUAUUCAAUUGGCUCCACUAUAUAACAUUUGUAUUUUAGUAUAAUAUCCCUUUUCGUAAUUACGAUUUGUACAAUACUCAGUGAGAUGUUAUAGUGCAAUAUAGAUGUACUGUUUUAUAAA